AUGGCUGAAGAUCUAAGAAAUUAUAAAUUGCAGUUACAACAGGUGGAAGCGGCUCUACUGACUGACCCAGAAAAUGAAGAACUUCUCAAAUUAAAGGCUGAUUUAGAAGAAGUAAUUGAGUUGACACAAGAUCUAAUUAAAACUCAAGAGGGUGACACCAAAGUUCAUGAUAUUCAUAGUUCUAGUAAUAAUGAUGAUGUUCCAGCUUCCCCGCUGCCUGAUGACGACGAUACGUCCUUGAGUAAUCCAGCUUCCAAGUGGCAUGUCGGUGAGAAGUGCCUGGCUAAAUGGAAAGCAGAUGGCAUGUUUUAUGAUGCAGUCAUUGAAGAAAUUGGUAUUGAUAGUAUGAAGGUAAAAUUUGAUGGGUAUACAACAUUAGAAAUAGUGUCCUUUCAGGAUGUUAAAUGUGCAAACUUGGGUGUCAAGAGGCCUCUUAGUGGCGAUGAAAGCAAACAUGGUAAGGGAUAUAAUCGAGAAUAUCUUAAAAAGAAAAAACAAAAGAAGCAACAGAGAUUUAAACAGAUUGAAGAGGAAAGAGAAAGUGAAAAAAACAAAUGGCUCUCAUUUCAUUCAAAAGCAUCGAAAAAACCUGGAGUGCGUACAAAGAGCAUAUUUGCAUCCCCUGACAAUUUGUCUGGUAGAGUUGGAAUAGGGACUUGUGGAAUAUCUGGUAAACCUAUGACUGAGUAUACACCUGGUGAAAAGUGGAAGAAAGGUGGA